AUGGACGGAUCCAGCGUCUUGGACCACAGCAAGACUAUCGGGGGAUAUGGCGCGGGACAUGGAGGGGGGCAUGAAGGUAUGGAGCAGGGUCGGGAGCAGCUGAAGAUGAUGGUCUUCAGUAAGAGCAGCCAGGGUCCCAGGGUACGGAAGAACCGGGGCAGCUCCAUAGGACACGAUGGAGGAGGGAAGAACUUCCAGGAGGCCAUGGCCUGGAUCACCCAGCAGAAACGCCUGAUAGAGACCUCUCCCUGGGGGGAUGACCAGGACACCAUCGAGUGGCAGAUGAUGAAGCACGACAUGUUCCACAGCUCCAUCCAGAGGAGCCUGGAGAUGGAGCAUGCCCGGACUGAGCUGGAACUGAAAGGAGACCAAUUGUACUGGCAUUUUCUGGAGCAGGAGUGGGACGCUCUACAGAAAAUGUCCUCGAGCAGGCACAACCAGCUUCGAGACCGAUCAAAGAUCUUGAAGGAUAUCUCUGAGGAGAUUAAAUGGGUGGAGGAAUGUAUGGAAGAGGAGCUGGUGUUUGACUGGGGUGACAAAAAUAUUGACAACUACAUCCCCAAGAAGCAGGAUAGCUACUUGAGGCUGAUGCGUGACCUGGAGAAGAAAGAAAAGGAUCUAAAUAAACUCUUUGAAAAUGUGGAAAACGUUCGGAAUCACCCUGCUGCUGAUAAGAUUAUGGCCAACAAGGACAGUCUCCAGACCCAGUGGAGCUGGCUGCUUCAGAUCACCAAGUGCAUCGACACACACCUGAAGGAGAACGCUGCCUACAGCCAGUUUUUCAAGGAGGCAAACGAAAUGCGUAUCAAGCUGCAGGAGGAACACGAAAACAUCCAUAAGAGGUAUACCUGUGACAGAGACACCCCACUGGAGAAGCUUCAGGACCUUCUCAAUAACUUGGAGAGAGAGAAGGAGAAGAUCAUGAAGAACAAGUGGCAGGUGCAGCACCUGGUCAACAAGUCCAAGAGCAUCGUGAGACUGAAGCCCCGCAACCCACACGAGAAGAGCAGCAGUCCUGUGAUCGUCAAGGCGCUGUGUGACUUCAAACAGGACCAGACGCAGAUCCUGAAGGGUAAUGAGGCCAUCCUGAACGAUAACUCCCAGCGCAGCAAGUGGCACGUGACGGGGCCCGGGGGUUUGGACAUGCUCAUCCCCUCCGUCUGCCUGCUGGUGCUCCCUCCCAACCCCCUCAGCAUCAGCCUGGCCAACAAGACUGAGCAGCUCUUUGAGACCAUCAUGGGGAUCUGGAACCAGCUGUUCAUCAACAUCAAGAGCCUGAUAUCCUGGCGCUAUUGCAUGAAAAACAUUGAGGUCAUCGAGUCGCUCACCAUUACCAUGCUAGCCAACAUGCGGCCGGAGAAGUACCGAGAAAUCAUCAAGAGCCUGGAUAUGAGCUACCUGGAGUUCCGGCGCAGCUACGUGGGCUCAGAGAUGUUCACCAACGAGGACAAGACGCAUAUAAAGAACCAGUACCAGUAUGCUUUCGAGAAGCUGGUGGGGCUGCCCACUUACGAUGGAAGUCUGCUGUCCGAGCUUCAUACCCUGCAGCAGAAGCUGGAGAAGGCCGAGUCAGGCCUGACCCGGCACAUCCACAUACCCCUGGGGGAGAACAGCUUCCACGAGUGCUCCCAGCGCAUCGUGCAACUGGAGGGCAUCAACCAGGACUUGGACACUAUCCGUGAGGAGUAUGUGAAGCUGAGGGAGAAGAUCCAGCUGGACGGGAUGAAGGACACAGACAUGGCCGAAUUCCUACGCUCUGAGCUCGACCUCAUCAACCAGAAGAUAGUGAGCCUGGAGGGCAUCUCCUCCUCCUACAUAGAGAGGCUGAAGGCACUGCAGGCUCUACAGCAAAGCCUGCUCCAGGUGGAGGACAUUGUGAAAGUAAAUGAGGCCCGUCUGACCGAGAAGCAGACCUCCUCUCUGGAGCCGAGGCAGCUGGAGGACUAUUGGGCCGUUCUGAAGAAAAUGAAGCAGGAUCUGGACCAGAGGGACAGCCUAAAGAAGCUGGAGUUGAAGCUUGGUAAUGCUGAGCACUGGAAUGAUCAGAUCAGCCAGUCCUUCCACAAGUGUGAUGUAGACCUGUUCAGAUACCGGGAGCAGGUCACCCAGAUGAGCACCCGAUGGCGUCGCAUCCUGUCCCAGAUCGACAGCAGGGUGAGGGACCUGGAGAAGCAGCAGCAGCAUCUGCAACAGUACCAGCAGAGCAGCGCUCAGGUCAGCGGCUGGAUCUACAACACCCAACAGAAGCAGGACUCCCUGCUGUCUAACAAGUUAUCCGAUGUCAAUACGCUCAUCGAGCACCUCAACCAGCAGAAGAUGCUCUACUCUGAAAUCAAAGGAAAGAAGGACAAGGUUGACGAUGUUGUGCGGGAUGCGAACACCUGUGCAUCCUCAAUCACAGACUACGAGCUGGAGCUGGCCUCAUACAGCGCAGGCCUGGAGACACUGCUCAACAUCCCCAUCAAGAGAACCAUGCUGCAGUCUCCAGCUACCGUUGUCAGGGAAGAGGCUACUGACAUCCAGGCCAAGUACAUCGAGCUCCUCACCCGCUCAGGUGACUACUACAAGUUCCUGGGGGAUUUGCAGAACAUGGAGGACUUUGGGCAGAGUAAGCUAAUAUGGCUUCUGGCUCAGUAUUGGUCCCAGACAAACCAGUACCUGGCGGACAGCCUGGCCCGCUACCAGCUGGAUUCCAAGCAGGAGUUGCGGAGUCUCCAGGAAAGCCUGGACAAAGCCCUGAGGGACUACAGAGCUGCCACAGAGAAGCUGGACAGGCUGACCGCCGAGCUGAAGGCCCUGCAACAGCAGCUCACCCAGGAGCAGGCACAGGUCCGAGAGGUCAAUAUCCGCUAUGAGAUGCUUUACAAGACCAUUGAGGAGAAGAGCAAGAUGCUCAACGACCACAGCAGCGAGAUCCAGAGGCUCCAGGGCAUGACUGAGUCCCUGACUAAGGAGCGACUUAGGGUGGAGGAGGAGCUGAGGGCCCUCAGGCAGGAGUUCCAGAUGUGCUACAAGGAGCUCCUGCAGGAGAAGAAAAGCCUCAGGAUGGUGGAGCAAGUGCAGGGGCAGGUCCAGAAGAAUGAAGAUGAGCUGAAUCAGCUCCGGAAGCUAUAUGAGCUGAAAUAUGAUACUGAGAAGGUCAAGACGGUGCAGGAACUCACAUCCCUUCGGAGUGAGAUUGAGAAGCUAACGGCCUUGGAGGACCGCAACAAGGGCCAGCGGCAGAGCUCUGAGUGGGUAGUAUCUGAGCUGGCCCGGAUCAGAGAUGAGCUAGAGAAGGGACGGGCCCAGAAGAAUGAAGAUGAGCUGAAGCAGCUCCGGAAGGUUGUUGAGGAAUGGAAGAGCCAAUAUGAGCGGAAAUCUGAUACUGACAAGGGCAAGUUGCAGCAAGAACUCGAAUCCCUUACUAGUGAGAUUAAGAUGCUAACGGCCAAGCUGAGGGCCUUGGAGGUUGGCGACAAGAAAUGCAGCCAUACCACCACCUGCAUAUCCUCAUUUGAGGUGCAGCUACAGACCAUCAACAAGACUGUGGAGCAGGGGCUGACCCAGAAGAAUCAUGACAUUGAGAUGCUAACAACCAAGCUGCAGAGCUUUGAGCAGGUAGUGUCUGAGCUGGCCCGGAUCAGAGAUGAGCUAGAGAAGGGACGGGUCCAGAAGAAUGAAGAUGAGCUGAAGCAGCUCCGGAAGCUAUAUGAGCUGAAAUAUGAUACUGGGAAGGUCAAGAUGCUGGAGGAACUCACAUCCCUUAGGGGUGAGAUUGUGAUGCUUACGGCCAAGCUGGGGGCUUUGGAGGUUGGCGGCAACAAAUGCAGCCAUACCUCCACGUACAUAUCCUCCCUUAAGGUGCAGCUACAGACCAACAUCGAGAAGGUGGAGCAGGAGCUGACCCAGAACAAUAAAGAGAUUGAGAUGAUAACAACCAAGCUGCAGAGCUUUGAGCAGGUAGUGUCUGAGCUGGCCUGGAUCAGAGAUGAGCUAGAGAAGGGGCAGGCCCAGAAGAAUGAAGAUGAGCUGAAGCAGCUCCGGAAGGUUGUUGAGGAAUGGAUGAGGCAAUAUGAGCGGAAAUCUGAUAGCAGGUUGCAGCAAGAACACGAAUCCCUUUGGUGUGAGAUUAAGAUGCUAAUGACCAAGCUGAGGGGCUUGGAGGAUGGCUCCAAGAAAUGCAGCCAUACCUCCACCUGCAUAUCCUCCUUUGAGGUGCAGCUACAGAUCAACAAUCAUGAGAUUGAGAGGCUAACAGCCAGGCUGAGGCUCUUGGAGGACUGCUACAGGGGCCGGUUGCAGAUCUCUGAACAGGAAUUGUCUGAGCUACAACAGAGGGAACUUAAGUUGUUCCAGAAGCACCUGGAACAUUUAGAAGAGAGAAUAAAGGUUCACCACCAUGUAAUCACUAACAAAGAGAUGACAGUACGUGGAAUCCGUGGAUGGGUCUUCAUUACUGACCUGGUAGAGUCCAAACUCCUCAACUCCUCAGACGUCCAGAAGAUUGCUCAGGGCCAGCUCACCAUCGAGGAUAUUGAGAGCAAGCUAAGGCCAUACCUACAGGGGUCAGGCUGCAUCGCAGGAAUCUUUCUUGAGAAGGAAAACAGGACCCUCCCCAUCUACCAGGCUAAGAAGGAGGGCCUUCUCCGCCAAGGCACCUCCCUAGUGCUUUUGGAAGCACAAGCUGCCUCUGGUUUUAUGAUUGACCCCCUUAACAACCUAUUCCUGCCUGUGGAGGAGGCAUGUGAGAGGAACCUGAUAGGUCAGGAGUUUAAGUCCAAGCUGCUGUCGGCUGAGAACGCCGUCACAGGCUACAAGGAUCCACACACAGGCGACAUCAUCUCCCUCUUCCAGGCCAUUGAGAAAGGCAUCAUAGAGAAAGGGCAUGGAAUCCGCCUGCUUGAGGCUCAAAUUGCCAGCGGUGGUAUCAUCGACCCCAAAAAGAACCACCGCAUUGAUGUGGACGAAGCCUUUCGCCGGGGAUAUUUUAACAAGGAGAUGAAUGACAUACUGGCCGAUGAAGGGGAUGACACCAAGGGCUUCUUUGACCCCAACACAGAGGAGAACCUUACUUACCUGCAGCUGAUGAAGAGGUGCAUCACUGAUGAGAAGACCGGCCUGGUUCUACUUCCCCUUUGGGACAAGAAGGAGUCCAGGAUUUUGAGGAUGCGGGAGCAAGAGUGCGAGUGGGAGGGAAUCAUCAUCUUGGCAGCCGAUAGUUCCAUCCGCCUGGUGGUGGUGGAUCAGAAGACUGGGAAACGGUAUGACAUCCAGGACUACCUGGACAAGGGCUUGCUUAGCCAGAGCACCAUUGAUCAGUACCACUCUGGGGCACUCACCCUCACCGAGUUCGCCGACCAGAUCCUCAACAAGAGUAACAUGGACUUGUCCAUAACUUCCACUUGUGCAGAGGAUGUUGCCAUGGUAGAGGAGGACAACGGGAGGAAGAUUAUCCAAACCACCACCACCACCACCACCUCCAGCCUCUCCUCCACCAGUUGUAGCACUAGCUCCAGCUCUUAAAAUCUUUUCACAGUGAGAAACUGGUUAAUUGAAACCAGGGAUAGAAGGCAGGUGGGGGGCGGUUGGGACAUUUAUGAUCAUACAAUAUUUAGGCAAGCUUAGGUGUAGACUGGUAUCAUGUAGUGGUAAGAAUAAAAAUGCUUACUUUGAUUUAGCACAACUUAUAUCCAGCUUCUGAUGUUAAUGCAUUUCAUGUGUUUUUUUUCACUGAUGAGGAAUAUGGGAAUAUUGACAUUUUUAUUUUUUUAAGUGGGAAACUGUGGCAUAGUCCCUAGGGCGGCCACCAGCUGUACGCUAAUAUCCCCAGUACUUCUGUGGGUUGAAUUCCCCACCAUGACACUUUUUGCUCUGUGUUUCCAUCUCUAUCUGUAACCCUCUCUGCUUUCUCAGUCUUAAUAAAAUGGAAAAUAUAUGUAUAUGAGGAAGGCACGCUGUUUGCUCUCCUUUUUAAAAUAAAAUACAUUUAAAUGUAUGAGAGAGCAACAUUUUCUAUGUUUAAGCACCUUUGGAGGAGGUUCAUUUUUAUUGUACUGCUUUCUCUGAUCAUUAUAGCAUAAAAAUGUUAAGUGCCGUGCCUUUUCUAUGGAGCUGCACACUC